UGUUUACAAAUGGCGGACAAGAAGAAACCGAACUCCGCCGAUGAUCGUCCACAAGAGACUGACAGGCAGUUUCUGGAGAGAUCUAACAUAGGAAAUCUGAUGAAAGAUGUCCUUGGUAAAAUUGUUAGUAACAGGCCAUCAGACCCUAUUUCUUUCCUGGCUGAUUAUUUUGACUCAUUAGAAGACCAGUCAAACUUGGUGCUAAAGGCUCGCAACAUGAUUGAGAUGACACACCAUAGUCGACCAGUGUUUGAGAUGAACGUACGACAAGCUUAUGAUAUUUUGCUCAAACAAAAAGAUUAUAGAAGGAGACAUACAGAUUUAUUAUUUAUGGAGGAGGAGAUUGGCAAAAGACUGUAUGGUCUUAACGGGACUUCCUAUACAGAUCUCAUCAAGACACUCUGUAGAGACAUUCCCCAGCCUGUAACGACCAAACUUCUGAAGAAGAUUGAGUGUCUAGACUAUGAAGCCAUCCGAUUUGACGUGUUUAAGUCUGGUGUCUUUACUUGCUGUGUGUUACAAGACUAUGUGAAGUUAAGUGAGCGGCUUUUUAAAUCUUUGGACUUUCAAAAUUCAGGAAAAGUAGACAAAAUGUUAGCAGAAAUUGUUAAUGAACAGUUAAAGGCAGCCUUAGCUAAUACUCGAAUGGAUGCUCGCAAUCCAAACACAGGGUUGACAGAUCGAUUUUCUUUUUCAAUUGUAGAGGCAGGCUAUAACUUGGGCCCUGAUGGUCUUUUUUAUGCUUUAGAGAGGGGAAUGAGAAGUAAGAGUCAUCAGGGAGGACAAACACUAGAACAGUUUACUGUAGAAAUAUGUGAUGCUUUCCUUUCAAAGGUGAAGAGACUAAGAUAACUAAGAGCUGUCACAAAAUGAAAUCCAUGCCUGGUUUACAACUGUUUAUUGCCAUUAUGUAUGAGCUGUAGAAACCAUUCAUUUUCAGAAGACGAUGCAGUCAAUACUUUAAAAAAAUCUCCCAGACUGAGUCACUGCAUCACAGGAAUGAACACGCACAAAAGUGCUAAUUCAUCGUCUGAAAAUUUCAAGACAAUGAUUGUCAAAAAUAUUGUGAUAUCUUAAAUUAUUGUAAUUAAAAUACCUAGGAUUUUAUCCCAUUACUGUAAACUUACAUAUUCCAAAAUAAUCCUGUUUUAGCAUCUUUUAUACCGUUUCUUCGUCUAUUCAAGUACAGGCUAAUGUAAUGUUUUCAACAAAUGCAUGGCUCAAAAAGUGCUAAUUCAUGAUUGGUUGAUUAAAAAAAUGCGCCGAAUUUUGACUGCGCUUUUUUAUGUACAUUUACAGUAAUAUAAUUUAAAUUACCACAGACAAUUGUUUUUAUAAUUAUUUUGAUAUAAAAAGAGUACAAUGUU